GAAAUAUACAUUUAGCAGGAAGACUCAUUAGGUCAACUCCUCUAGUGUUAGUGUGCCUAUAAAUAUCAUUUUGAGUUAUUAUUCAUAGAGAAUCAGAAAUCAAAAUGACUUCUGCUACUGCGACUAAGUACGAUGUUUUUCUGAGUUUCAGAGGACUCGACACUCGCCGCACCUUCAUCAGCUUUCUCUACCAAGAACUGGCUCGAAGGAACAUUCGAACUUUCAAAGACGACAAAGACCUGGAGAAUGGCCAGAGGAUUUCGCCGGAGCUCAAACGAGCCAUCGAGGAGUCGAGAUUCGCCGUCGUUGUUUUCUCCGAGAACUACGCUGCGUCUCCUUGGUGUCUCGAAGAGCUCGUGAAGAUCAUGGAUUUCGAGAACAAGGGUUCCAUCACCGUGAUGCCCAUCUUCUACGGCGAUACCUGUAGAAUGUGAAUAUGUAAAGGGUAGAUUAGUCUUUGUUUAAUCCCUAAUUAGCUUAUGAUUCUCCUUAUAUAUAUUGUAACAUGUAAAUCUAAAUCAAUAAGACAUUCUCAAACCUA